CCUUCUCCGCCGCGGUGCAUUCAUCAAUCAGGAUCCCUUCGAAAUUGCCUGCGUGCAUCAGUCGCUCACGUUUUUGGAAAAUUAUAUUUUCACGUAGGUAAAUGUUUAGUCGUUUUGGUCGCAGUGAUUCCGAUUGUCGUUAAUUAGAACCUACCAGGCCGUUGGUCACCCGGGAACCGGAAGCAUGGACGAAGAGGAUGACCCGGUCAUUGAAGAGAUUCCGGUUUACCUGUCCAAAACCCUGGCGGAGAAUCUGUACGUGUUGCAGUACCCGGUGAAAUCAUCGGCAUCCACUUUUGACGACGGCCAAGUGGUCAACUGUUGCGUGAAACCAGUUAACCAACAAGUGAAAGUGGAUUAUGCUUUGAAUACGGCGUCUAAGAAUUACGAUGCCUUCAAGGGUGAGCAGUUUGCGAUCGCUGCCGACGGAAAGGAAAAGGACCGCCAGCAGAAGCCCAGCUUUCGCAGUGGGACAAUGGAUAAGCAAUCCUUCCUGAGCUCGAAACCCAUCGAGGACGUGAACCGGUACAUGGUGUGUGUUCUGCAGGACCGGGAGAUUCACGCCACUCCGGUCCGGGGCAUUGUCUCGAUGCGGCAGGUGUUUUCCUACUUCGACAAGCAGGACAAGCGAACAAAGGCGGAGCAGAAAGCCGAACAGGACGCCGAUGCCGACGAGGAAGAACUGAAACAGGUUACCGUCAAGUUUGCCCGGACCGAGAACGAGAAGGUCCGCAAAGCGCGGGAGAAAUCGUUCAACUACAUCUCGAAGAUGGAAUCGGAGGAACCGUGGUGCGAAUCGUUCUGGCACACCAAGAAGUCCACCACGGCGGAACUGGAGCGGCAUAAGCUGUUUUGCAGUUCGGCGUCCAGGGUUGACGGAGCGGAAAGCGCUCUCAAUGUGGGGACCACCGAGUACUUGGACAUGUUGAUUAGUAAGGAGAAAACGGAUAGGAAUAUCGAUUCUAUGCUGCCAAGUCGGGUCGUCUGUAUGCACAAGCUGAAGCAGAUGAACCUCGUCGAUCAGAUUAAGGUUAUUCUUAAGGAUGCAAAAGUUCUCACCUUCCAGCAGAUCAUGGAACUCCUCCCGGACAGGACACUUCCGGCGGACAAGGUCCUUCGAUCGCUUCCGUUGGCCGGCGUGUUGAUCCGCGGCAACUGGGUGGUCCAAUCGGAGAUCAUCUACCCGGAGGGAAGUGUGUCCAGCACCAACGGGGUCCCGGCCGAGCAGAUGUGCAAAGCUCGGGAUUACAUCCUGUUCCGGUUCACGCAGUGCGACAAACUGGAACGGCACCAGUUGGCCUUCAUAACCCAGCUGCCGUCGGAGGAGAUCCGCGAGAUACUGUGCUCGGUAGCGAAGCUGAACACUAGCGAUCGGACGUGGAGUUUACUGUUGCCACCAAAUGAAGAUUUCUCGGCCAACGAGCAGGAAAUCAGUGAUAGACAAAAUGCUUUCUGGACCGCCCGGGCAGACAAGUUCAACGAAAUGGAGAAAUCAACCAAACGGGUGCGGAAAAAGUCCUCCCGGUUAUCGGAAAGCAAGUACGACGUGAAGAUGAGCAAUGGGUGAGCGGUGGACUGUGAGAGGUGAGUUGUGUUAUGAACCAAUCUAUACGUUACGAAUGCGAAUAGGUAUGCAAGACUAUUUAUAAUUAUCGAAAUUACAGUAUAUUUAAGAAAUUCUGUA